AUGUACUCACUUCGAUAUUAUAUAGAUUCGUGGAUCGAAGUAGCGUCCCAACCGUCCUCUUCCUCCCUUUCAUCCGCCGCAACCAAUGAUGAUAUUAUUACUACGGGCCUGCGUGUCGAGCGGACGGAGUCCAGGGCCUAUCACCACCAUAGCCGGCGCCGUCGUUUGCAACAACUGGCCGCCGUGGCCACAGCGCACGUCGAAUAUCCGUUGCGGGAGACCAGCAGUAGCCAGGAUGAAUAUGACGAAAGUGAGAGUGAAUCAGAUCAUGUGCUUAGCAGUUCCAAUGAAGACAUGACCCGCGCACCCGUCGAGAUGCCUCUCCUUUCGCAGACCGGCCCUGCCUUGCCUGAGCUAGAUGCGACCACGGCGAGCGAUGAAGACGAUGCAUCAACGGCACUGGGGAUGCGGAUCAGCUCAUCGCCCUUUGUCCCGCAGCCCAACGUGUUUUCUCAUCCACCCGAGAACCCGUCUUGGACGAGAGCAACGGGUCCUCAUCAAUCUCAGCCCAGUACUGUCUCCAACUCGAGUCGUCAAACCGCGAUUCGAAGGAAUUCGCAGGCCAGUGUACGGUCGAACAGAAGGCCUCAGCACAGCCCGUACAACAUGAUCUCACCAUCGUAUCAUGCAGACCACGAUGCUGCUCUUCGGGCUAGUCUGUCCACGCUUCUCUCGUGUGCUGCUGCCGCAAGGGGAUUGCCCAAGUCCGAUCCUCAGCCUUCGCCGGCUGAGCCUUCGAGAGGGGCACCUUCAUCAUUCCGCCUGGUGCCCGAACCAGUAGCGAUGGGAGAAGUGGAGGUGAGCGAGAAAGAAGGACAGUCUGCCACUGAGACCACCUCGACCAGGUCUCAUCGUCCCAGCCAAAGAGACGCAGAUCCUACGCCUUGCACCCACAGGACCAAGCGUCGAUCCAGCUCGUCCAAGGAGCGAAACACCGGACAUCCCUCUGCGGCAAAGAAGAGCCGUCGAGCGGGAAUGGCCGAGUCCAUGUCGACAGGCAGCCCAACCAUUAUGACGUGGGUGAUCAGCGCCGGUGUCGUGGUACUGUUUUCGGCCAUCAGUUUCUCAGCGGGCUAUGUACUUGGACGCGAAGUUGGCCGGCUAGAGUCGAGCACUGGCGUGGGGUCGGUCAUGGGAGACGGGGGGACGGGGCCCCUGGGAGGCAGGGUGUCGGCAAGCUGCGGCCAAGAAGCCGUUCGCGGCGGGUUGAAGCGGUUACGCUGGGGGACGGGGUCAGGUGCAUCCGGCAUCAUUGCAUAA